UGAUUAUAAUGAUACUAAUUUAUCUGAAGCUUUGUCUAUUCUAGCUCUAAGACAAUCUUUUGGAAGUUUGGGUAGUUACAAAAUAUCUAAUAAAGAUGCAAUAAAUUUUAUUUCUAUAUUAAGAUUAGUAGAAGAGAGAGUUGAUUUGAAAUUAGAUGGGUUAAUAGGUAUAUCACUUAUAAUAAAUCAAUAUAGAAGAGUAAGAAUAAGUGAUGAAGUUUUCAGAUCUACUUUUUCUAAACAGCAUAAAAAUUCUUCAAGAAUUCUUACAAAAUUUGCUGAAGAUGAAGAUAUAAUCACAUAUUCAGAUCAGGUUCAGUACUUUUUUGAGCAUUAUGUUGACUAUUCAGAAGAAUCAACAAGCAUAAUCUCACAUAUGUUCACUAGUACAAAAAAAUAG